UCCAACUUUACAUACGGUCUAUAAAUGUAAGCUUUUCAAAGCCAAAAAAAGUUGUAGAUUUCCAAAUCCAUUUGGUUUACAAAAUUGUAGCUAGCUGUGAGUUGUAUUGACCUGGUCUGUUGGAGCAAUUCUCUUCAUCCCAUCUCUCUUUUGAAAAUAUGGCAGCUUAUACAAUGAAUUCAGACAAGGUUUUUCUACGAUGUUUAGACAUGGGAGAGAUUCAAGUUUAUGAGUUAGACAGCCUUUACAUGUUACCGGUGAACGGAAAACAUUGGCUCCAUCUUGGAAUCAUUAUAGGGCCUGGAAAAAAGUAUGAAGCAUUGAAGAUCGGAAACAAAGAGAUAAAGGGUGUUGAUUUGCAAAGACUUAUUAACGAACUUUUCAAUUCACGAUUGAUAGUUAAUCGUGAAGGACUUGGGUUCCUUGGAAUGACAGGUGUCACAGCUACGCUCUUUGAAGUAGAGUAUUACAGGUUGUUUGAUCUUUUCAAUUGGUCUCAAUAUCAAGUCAUAACAAUAAGGAACACUAGAUGGGUUAAAAGAGGCAUUGUGGAUGGUCGUCCCAUGGUUAUAGAAACGGAGCAAAAUUCUAGCAAUAGUAAUAAUGAAGAUAAGAAAAAAUUGAGGGAGAAGGAAAAGGAAUUAGAGGUGGAGAAGUGUAAGCAUGAAGGGGAGUUAGCGGAGGCAAAGAGCGAAAAAGAGAAAGAAUUGAGGGAGAAAGAGAAGGAAUUAGAGGAGGAGAAGCGUAAACAUGAAGGAGAGUUAGCGGAGGCAAAGAGCGAAAAAGAGAAAGAAUUGAGGGAGAAAGAAAAGGAAUUAGAGAAGGAGAAGCGUAAGCAUGAAGGGGAGUUAGCGGAGGCAAAGAGUGAAAAGGAGAAAGAAUUGAAGAAGAAACAAGAGGAGAUGGACAAUUUAGUGAGAGAAGGGUACAGAGAUCGUAGGCUAGAUGACUUGAAGAAUAGGAAGAUGGAAAAGGAGAUACGUGAGUUGAAACGUAAGCACACGGAGGAGGAACAAAAAAAGCAACAAGAGUUAGAGAAGAAAGAAGAAGAGAUUAAUGAGUUAAAGAAGAAAGAAGAGAACGUAGAUAAGUUGAAGCAUAAGCAUAAGGAGGAGUUAGAGGAUUGUGAGAAGGAGCUAAAAAUGUAUGUAUAUAUGAGAAGUGAUUUACAAGGUAAUUAUAUCAUUACGGACUUUUACAAAAAUAUGGUGCACAAGUUGCAACAAACCUUACCUCCUUCAAAGGUUGUCUUUGAGCGGAGCACUAGGGUUCGAAAAUAUAAGGGGCAUCCAAUCCGCGAAGGUCAAUCUCCUAGUAUAUAUGUGCCUUUAGCACCAAUUCAGUCAGGAAUCAAAGAUAUAAAGGUAUCAUAUGUUGAUCCUAAUAUCCCAAUGGCUUUUGACCGCAACAAUUGGCGAGUUCUUCAUGUCGCAGAGGCAAGAACAUAUCCAUUAAGCAGUGGUUUUCAGGUUUAUCAAAAACACAUAGCAUAUUACAAUGGAAAUAAGUAUCAAGCGGAUGCCUACGUUGGUCGUUUUUAUAAGGAUAACACGGUAUCAAUUCCGGCUCCAUGUUCUGAUGAACACAUGUGUGCCGCCAUACACUAUCAUGAUAUAGCGCAUAUUCUUGGUGUCGGUUUUAGGGUGUGUUUAUCUGUUAACAUCGCUUAAAUCGAUCCUUGUUUUCUUUCCACAUUGUUUAGGGUUCGGAAAACUAACAUACUUUGUUAGUAGAUCGAUCCUUGUUUUCUUUCCACAUUUUUUGUGUUUUGAUGGCCUUGGCAUUAUGACAUACACAUAUUUGGUAGUAAUACUAAGUACGGAGUAUUCGAUAUACAAACAACAUGAUGUAUAAAAAAUUAUUCUAUGUUCUUUAUAUACGAAGUAUUAAAUAAUUUGGAUA